CUUCAGUUCAUUAAAAUAAAAUAGUGAUAAAUAGUUAAGUUACUGUGUUUGUUCAUAUUACGGUUUGUCUUACUCCUUGAACCAUUUUAAUUACUUUUUAACUAAUUAAUGGUUUAUUUGUGUAUUUGAUUAAUUCUAACUUAAGCUAUAAUAUACUAAUCUGGAGCUAAAAACCUUUUCGACAUUUUAGUUUCACUUUUCUUUCGAAGUUAAAAAGCAGGAGGAUUGAUUGAUUUUUUUUUUUUUAGCCUUGUUCUCACUUCAUGUAACCAUCAUGAGUUGACGUGGAAAUAUGACUGCAUUCACUGAACAAAUAUGUUGUUUAUCAGGUCGACCUGGUCUUAACUGUGAUAAAGUGAAACACAGACUCAGUCGCUGCAACUUAGAGGUGAAAUGGCGCAGACGGGAUCUCAGUUAAACCAGACAACUUUAGCCUGUUCCAUCUGUCUGGAUCCACUGAAGGAUCCGGUGACUCUUCCCUGUGGACACAGCUACUGCAUGAACUGUAUUAGAAGAUUCUGGGAUGAAGAAGACGGUAAGAGACUCUACAGCUGCCCUCAGUGCAGACAGACCUUCACACCGAGGCCUGUCCUGGUGAAAAACACCAUGUUAGCAGAGUUAGUGGAGCAGCUGAAGAAGACUGGACUCCAAGCUGCUGCUGCUGAUCACUGCUAUGCUGGACCUGAAGAUGUGGCCUGUGAUGUCUGCACUGGGAGGAAACUGAAAGCUGCCAAGUCCUGUCUGAUGUGUCUGGUCUCUUACUGUGAGACUCACGUCCAGCCUCAUUAUAAUUCCUCUGCCUUUGAGCAACACAAGCUGGUGGAGCCCUCCCAGAAGCUGCAGGAGAACGUCUGCUCUCGUCACCACAGAGUGAAGGAGCUUUUCUGUCGUACGGAUCAACAGAGUAUCUGUUAUCACUGCUCUGUGGAUAAACAUAGAGGCCACGACACAGUCUCAGCUGUAGCAGAGAGGACUGAGAGGCAGAGAGAGCUCGAAGGGAGUCGACAGGAAAUCCAGCAGAGAAUCCAGGACAGAGACAAGGAGGUGAAGGUGCUUCAACAGGAGGUGGAGGCCAUCAGUCGCUCUGCUGAUCAAACAGUGGAGAACAGUGAGAAGAUCUUCACUGAGCUCAUCCGUCUGAUGGAGAAAAGAAGGUCUGAGGUGAAGCAGCAGAUCAGAUCCCAGCAGGAAACUGAAGUAGGUCGAGUCAAAGAGGUUCAGGAGAAGCUGGAGCAGGAGAUCACUGAGCUGAAGAGGAGAGACGCUGAGCUGGAGCAGCUCUCACACACAGAGGAUCACAUCCAGUUUCUACACAUCUACCCGUCACUGCCAGCACUGAGUGGAUCCACACACUCAUCCAGAACCAACACCCGUCCUCUGAGAUACUUUGAGGACGUGACAGCAGCUGUGUCAGAGCUCAGAGACCGACUACAGGAGGUUCUGAGGAAGACGUGGACAAACAUCUCACGGACACAGAAUUGACGAAGUGAAAGAUCACAUCCAAGAAGUAGGCGUAGUUCUCCUCAGUUUCAAUAGGUUGCAGCCUCUUCAUUUUGUGAGUAAAUAUGAGAGGCAGACUUGGCAGAUUUGUACUUUUAGACUUAGUGGGUCUAUACCAUGCUUAUGCUAAUAACUUGGGGCGUUAAAAUUACACACAAAUCAUGUAAAGUAAAAAUGUAAAGUAAAGUAAAGUAAAAUAACCUUAAUUUGCCUCCACAUUCUGAUUGGCUGAUGAACAAGGAAGUUGUCGUAGUCCUUUGACAUAGCAUAGCAGAUCCUGAAAGCUCCACAAGCAGCAACAAGCUAGUCCACUGACUGAUGACUUUAAUUAUAUUAAUGAUCAGACAGACAUUCACUUUCAACCGUCAGCUGAGACCUGCACCGCUCUGACUCUGCUUCGCUUGAUACACAGUUUACUUAGGCGACGACACCGCCUGCCGGCAGGUAACAGGUGCGACAGUAAAGGACAAGACGUUCCUGAUCGUUCACAAAAAACACGACACAAAACAGUUUAAACGCUAUGCUCCGUCCAUAGAUCACUCUGUUAGAGUGCAUGCUCUAACAGAUAGGUAACGUAAACCAAGGCAAUGACAGAGACAGCUAACAGGAUGUCACCAGGUAAAACAACUCACCGGAAGUCGGUCAUCAGUUCACGUGGUCACUCUUUCGUAUGGAACACCAGUUGAUGUUACUUACCUGUUAGCGUGACAGAAUAAUCUGUGAAUGAAGCGCAUGGUUUACAUUACAUAACCCUAACAGGUAGGUAGGUAACAGGAGGCACUUUAUCCACAGAUUACUCUGUCGCUAACCGGUAAGUAACGUCAACUUGUGGUCAAUGUCAACGUCAACUUGUAGACUAAGUCUACAAGUACAAAUCUGGUUACGCACGCACAGAUCACACAUUAGAUUUUAACGCGACCCUAAUUUGACUCCAUAAACAUCUCCUGAUGACAUUAGCUCAUUACAGUUGCUGCCUCCUCUGCCCCACAACAAGAUGGCAGGAUGAAAUCUGUGUAAAGAUGUAAAUGUAUGUAGUUGCAACAAUGACCGUCUCUGCUGUUGACCAGAUGAGAAAUAGCCAAAUAAGUGGAAAAGGAAAAAGUUAACCUAAAACAGUUUCAUUUGGUGUACAGUGUUUCCCCCAUGACAGGGGUCGGCAACACGUGGCUCCAGAGCUGCAUGGGUUAGGGUUAUUUAUAUACUGUGGCUCCGUGUGGCUUGGAAAAGUAAAAUUAUUAAAAAAUAUUUUAAAAUAAACAUUUUCGUCACUCAAAAUCGCAUCGCAGUUGCUGUCGCGCUCCUCCCCCGUUCACACACCUAACGUGUCCUCACCGCUGCCGGUGUUAAAAUGAAGGUGUUUCCAGAUUAAGUGGUGACCGACUUCCGAAUGCCGUACUGGUUGCUCUUAGUUACGACAGCUGCUUGAAGCAGGGAAAAGCGGGUUAGCUGUUGUCGUUGAUGCCUCGAUAAUGUUUUGUCGUCUGCGAUCUAAAAAGUCUUUACAGUUUUACAAGUCGUUAGUUUGCAGUUUGAUCGUUGUUUGUAGCUAAAGGAGGAUGAGGCCUGAAUAACUCUGCUGCUAAUUGCUACGAUCUUUUGUCAAUAAAAUACAAGAUGUUAAACGUC